AUGUUGUCUCUGUUUAGAGGAGCGGCUAAAAAGUUCGUCCAUAAGGAUUUUCAUGAACUUGUUCAAAGGAUGACUGCUUUGGAUAUCUUUCGGUUCUUGAUUAUACAUUCUAUUGAUAAAUUGGGAGUUUGGCAUAAACUUCCAGUGAUUUUGGGGCUACUUUAUCUAGCAGCUCGUCGACAUCUUCAUCAACGAUACAACUUGUUCAAUGUCGGAAAAUCUCCAGUUGGAGUUCGGAGCAAUCCAAAGGAAUUCCCGUACCGAACUCCUGAUGGAAAGUACACUGAUCCCUUCGAUGAUGGCGCCGGUGCCCAAGGAACCUUCUUUGGCAGAAACGUCCAUCCUGUUGACCAAUCCAAAACGUUGCUGACACCUGAUCCUAUGGUGGUUGCUACAAAGCUUUUGACAAGAAGAAAACUUAAAGACAAUGAAAAGCAAUUCAAUGUGAUUGCUGCUUCUUGGAUUCAAUUCAUGGUUCAUGACUGGAUGGAUCAUAUGGAGGAUACAGAACAGGUUGAAUUGGUGGCUCCAUCUAAAGUUGCAGACGGUUGUCCAUUGAAAUCCUUCAAAUUCUUCAAAACAAAAGAGGCUUCCACCGACCUUUUUGAGAACAGAACUGGAUCUAUUAAUACUCGAACACCUUGGUGGGAUGGAAGUGUUUUGUAUGGAAGUAAUGAAGAAAUGUUGAAGAAGGUAAGAACUUAUAAAGAUGGGAAGCUAAAGAUUGACGAUGACGGCCUUCUUGCUCACGAUAAAGAUGGCAUUGCCAUCUCCGGCGAUGUUAGAAAUAGUUGGGCUGGUGUCUCUUCUUUGCAGGCUCUCUUUAUUAAGGAACAUAAUGCCGUUUGUGACGUCUUAAAGAAGGAAUAUGAAGAUAUGGAGGAUGAAGAUUUAUAUCGACGUGCAAGACUUGUGACUUCUGCUGUGAUUGCUAAAGUUCAUACUAUUGAUUGGACUGUUGAGCUUCUCAAGACUGACACUUUGCUGGCUGGAAUGAGAGGCAAUUGGUACGGAUUAUUGGGAAAGAAAUUCAAAGACAAAUUUGGACAUGUUGGAGGAUCCAUUUUGGGAGGUUUAGUGGGUUUGAAAAAACCAAAUAAUCAUGGUGUUACCUAUUCCUUGACUGAAGAAUUCACCAGCGUCUAUCGUAUGCAUCAACUCCUACCCGAUUCUUUCUACCUCAGAGAUGUAGAUGUUGAUCCCGAUGAGAACAAAUCUCCACCAUUGAUUAAGAACGUGCCAAUGAGUAACAUGAUAGGGCUUAAAGGAGAAGAGACCUCAAAGAAGAUGGGCUUCACAGCCCUAUUAGUUUCAAUGGGCCACCAAUCCAGUGGAGCCCUAGAUCUGUGGAAUUAUCCAGUGUGGCUCAGGGAUCUCAUAGCCCAUGACACGGACAACAAGGAUAGGCCAGAUCACGUUGACCUUGCAGCUCUUGAAGUUUACAGGGAUAGAGAGAGGAAAGUUGCUAGGUAUAAUGACUUCCGCAGGGGAUUAUUUCUCAUUCCAAUCUCCAAGUGGGAAGAUCUGACGGACAAUCCAACGGCGAUUACAGCGCUUCGUGACGUGUACGGUGAUGAUGUGGAGCAGCUUGAUAUUCUGGUGGGGUUGAUGGCAGAGAAGAAAAUCAAGGGCUUUGCUAUUAGUGAGACUGCUUUUAUCAUUUUCUUGCUCAUGGCUUCAAGGAGGCUAGAGGCAGAUAGCUUCUUCACGUGCUAUUUCAAUGAAGAAGUAUACACAAAGAAGGGAUUGGAAUGGGUAAACACAACAGAGAGUUUGAAAGAUGUUAUAGAAAGGCAUCAUCCAGAGAUUUCCAAGAAAUGGAUCAACUCAUCAAGUGCUUUCUCUGUUUGGGAUGCUCCUCCUAACAAGCCCAACCCUAUUCCACUUUACCUUCGUAUUCCUCAUUGAC